UUAAAGUCACUUAUUUAACUCUAGAAACGUCGCUGUCUGCUCUCUAAGUCUCCUGGUAACGUUACCUGAACUUCAGCAGGUGUUAAACUGUGUAACGUCUUUGGUUUAAUACUUAAAAACUGAAGUUAACUUUAAGUAAAGUCCUAAUGUAUAUUGAGUCUUGAAGACAAAGUCUGUGGUACCUAAACCUGCUGAUGGUAUUCGUAAGAUCAGCAGCAUGUUCGCUGCCACUUCAGAGAAAAGAUCUCAUGAUGGAGCUUCUCAGACCUGCAAUAAAGACAAUACUGGGCCUGGAUCAAAGGUUAGGAAGAAGACCCGCUCUCCUGAGGUGACUUUACCACCUCUAUGCUCGAGGCCUUUUCACUCAUCCAGGAUUCUGUUCAGUCGGACCCCCGUCCUCGGAAACAUCCCCUCUGACAGACCUUUAUCAGUGGUGGACCUCUCUCGUCUCAUAGCACAAGUAGGACCUGGGACAGCCAUAGGUGACACAAAAUGGACAGAAGGACCUCGACUGAUGGCCUCGGCAUUAGGGACCGACCUCCCUAUCGGAGCACUGAGUCUUACAGAGAAAGCUGAAUCGAUAAAAGUCACCACCUGUGAGGAUAAAAAGAUAACGACGUUGAAAAAUUGGAAAGCGACCAAACCAAAUGAAGUUCCUCUCACCGGCACCGAGGUAGUUCAUAUCUUUGCCAAUAAAGGGGGCCUGGUAGAAUUGAAGCUUUAUUACCUGAAAGAAGUGGAUGGAGACUCUUACAGACCCUAUGACCUGCGAGUGGUCGAGUCCAGCAAAGCAGGUUCUGAGCACUACGUCUUCUCCUCUGAUGCCGUACUACAUGUGACAGAAAGAGGCUAUGGUGGAGUAGUCAGUCUGGCAGAGUGGCACAGAGAGUCUAUGACGUGGAAAGCUUUGCAGGAAAUCCCAUUUUUCAGAGACUUCAGACUGCGGAAAGCUUUCACCAGGUGGCAUAAAAAUGGACCCAAGAACUUCUUUCAGCGCAAGUGUAAGGAUCUGCAAGAAAUGCUGCUUAUCGCUGUACCUCAGUUCAGAAAUGCUCUGUUUCUGUUCACCAGGAUAAUUGACGAACUGAAAGGGAUACAUCGACUGCCCCAGGAGGAGUCUAAAACCUUCACACUGCUGGAAUUCAAGAAUGUACUGAUAACCAUGAAUCAAGAGUGUGUGCAGAUAUUGAAGAAGUUAUCACAGUAUCGCGCUGUCAUCUUAAAUGUGGUGAGAGAGAAGAGCUACAAGGCUCAGCAGGAGCUGCAGCUGCACAUGGAAUACGCUAAAAAGCCAAAUAAAUGCCCUACUCGCCUCCUCCUGGCUCACCAGCAGGAGCUGAAGAGGGAGUUGGCACGCUCUGAAAGCAUCUUGGAGAAAUUGGGCAACUUUGCUGCUCUCGUCAAUCAAAUGACUGUUCAGAGUCUCGUCACGGUCAUCAGACGAGAUGUCAUUUCUUUUCUUGACAAUGUUGUGAAGAGGAAGCUCUCUCAGCAGUGCUGUCUCUUCCACACUGAGCUGUGUUUCAGUGCCGAUAGUCAGCUGACUGUGGACCCUCCAAUACAUGUGUUCCAAGAAGCUGUGAGUGAAGCUCUCCUGACUGCUGGCGACUCUGUAAUCCAGAUGUGUGACACGUGUGGAUUAUUCCUGGAGACCAGCAACAGUGUCUUCACCUCUGAUGGUACUCAGGAUUUAACCUCUGACCUCAGGAGUAUUGAGCAUCAUACUAUUACAGAGGAGAAUAAGAGCGGUGAUGGACUGACUGGUUGCAGGAGGGUUUGCUGCUCGCGAUCGCUCAGAGACGCGUCAGCUGGCUGGCAGCUGCUGCCUAAUCAGAGCUUUCUAAUGGUGCAGGGCAGCAGGGUGCACGGCUGCUACCAUCCCCUCCAAAAGAGACAGCUGGAGUGGCACAUCAGCAUCAAUGAUGUUACAACACAAGUUGAGAAAGAGCAGGCCAACAUCAUGCAGGAAGCUGAACUAGAAACCCAGCAGCUGUGUGAGAGCUACUCAUGGUUGGUGGAUGUCCAUGUGAUCGUUAGCCAAUGGAGUCAAACCUCUUUGGAAUCGAUGAAGGGUCAGCCUGCUUUACUGUAUGAGGAGCACAUAAAGAAGGUACGCUUCUGGACCGAAAGAAUCCACACAGUUCCCUCAUCAAUCUCCACCUCCAACCGGCUGUUCAUCAUCCAGUGCACCUGCAUAAAGGAAAGUCUAGGUCAACAGCUGAAGUCCAUUGAGGAGGAAGUGCUAGAGCAGCUAGUUGAGCAGAUAAAGCUACACUCCGAAAGCCUCAUAUCAGACAUGGAGAAGGCUACUGCUGAACUCGAUACAGACCCCCAAGACCUACAUGACAUCUCAAAAUACGCUCUUGUGAUGAGGGAGUCUGUGAAAAUGUUGGCCGACAUGCAGAAACAUCUGGAGUACAUUCACUCCCUCCAGGAGACUCUCUGCAUGAACUAUAGGAAGAUGACUGAACAGGAGGUGGCUUUGGAAAAAAAGAUGCUGGACACGCGGGAUCGCUUUAUUCCCCUCUUGAAGCAAGCAGAAAGCGUUGUGUGCCACCAUUUUCCUUCAAUGGUUAACGCAUUGGACACAAUAUUCUCAUUUUUAGCCUGCGACCUUAAAAAUACGGUCUCUAGAGCUACAUCCGGACCCUUCCUUGACCCAACCCAGAAUGCAAAAGAGAUGGCCUCCAAACUGAUCCCCAUGUGUCUGCAUGUGCACAACCUCAAUGCAAAGCUGGAACAACUUAGUAGGGACAGUCAAAACCUACACGAACAAACAAUGGAUUUGACCAGUUUGACUUCAGAUGUUCAGAAGGUCAAAGCCCGUAAAGAGUUGUGGGAGCUGAUAGCCGUGUACACAACAUGGAUGGAAGAAUGGAAACAGCUGCUUUUCAGUGAGGUUGUGGUGUCACAAGCUCAGGGGAGGAUUGCCAAGUGGAGGGAGCAAGCUCUAUCUCUAACAAGUGUCUUACCUACCCACGAUGCAGUGCUGCAGGAGGCUUUGGGAAUCCUGGAAAGCUUAAGCCAUCAGGUUGUAGUUAUGGCCAAGCUGCAGAGCCCCACACUCAAACAGAGACACUGGAAGGACAUUUUCCAAGGCAUGGGUCUUUUGAAUGUCCCAAAGAAGAAGGUGACUGUUGGUGAACUGAUGUCUCAAACACUUGAAGUCGACCAGAAACUAAUAACCAAGAUAUUCAGGGAUGCACAAGCCGAGUGUGACAUGGAGCAGACCUUCCAAAAGCUUCGAGAGGGAUGGGAAGCCAGACUCUUCCAUCUGGAUGAAUUCACUCUGCCUGUUUGGCACCAUCGUGAGCCACAACAUGGAUUAACAGAGACGGAGAAGCCCACGGAGGGCACAGUUUCAGAUCUGCAAACUGCCAGUCAACACUCCUGUAAUGAUGCAAGAUUCACCAUGAUCGGUCUGGAGAUACACUUUGCCGAGAUAGAGAGUGAUUUGAUUGCUCUGUCCACCAUGUUGAAGUCCCCACACAGUGCUGAGUUCAGGCUGCAGAUGGACGAUUGGAUGAAGUCACUACAAGAUCUCGGGAAGCUGCUUUGUUUAUUUGAAAGAUACCAGAAAGUGUGGGCCUUCCUGACCAAGAUGUUCCAUGAAACAUCCUUUAGUGUUCAGAGAGUGGAUCUGCUGGAGCGAUUCCAACCAGUCGAUAAGACAUUUAAGGAAAUCAAGAACUCUAUAUCAAGUGACCCUCAUGUGUUGAACUUUGUUCAUUCCAAGAAGACAAAUGACAGAUUCCAUGGUAAUAGCCUCUACCAGAUUCUCAUUGAUGGUCUGUCGACAAUGGAGGCCAUUUCCAACCAAAUGGGGGAUCUCCUGGAGACCCUCUGUGACCAGUUUCCAAGACUGUGGUUCUUGAGUGACAGGGAAGUGAUACAACUACUCUCCUUUCAUCCGACGCCUUUCACAAUGCAAACCUUUGUGCGCAAAUGCUUUAAAGGGAUACGUUGGCUCGAAGUGGAUUGUGUAGAGAACGUGCUGGGGUUUUUUGGCAGCCUCCAUGAGCACAUUACCUUUCUGUCUCCUUUGGAGCCAAAUCUGAACGCUUUGGUUUGGCUUUGUAGCUUUGAGAAACAAUUAAAGUUGACCAUGGUACAGCUCAUGAAACAAUGUGCUGUUGUGCAAAAGCAGCUUGAACCAUCCAGUCAGGAUGUGUCAUGUGAUAAGGAAGUUGGAGACAUCCUGUUCCACAUGGCUGAAAUGAGAAAAAUGGUGCUACCUGAGCUGGAUCUGCUGUCUGAAUAUCCUCUUCAGUGUCUGCUGGUGGCUGAGGAGGCGGUUUGGUGCCGGGCCGUUCUACAAACUAACCAAGAAUCAAGCCCGGUGAAGUUGAGCAACAUGAAAGCAUGCAACUCUGCAAAACUGAAAACACUUGGCUGUUCCAUAAGGGAUGGAGUCACAGGGGCUAAAAGUGAAUCUCUGGUUUCAAAGUACACGAUGAUGUGUCUGCGUGCUUUAGUGCAACUUACAAUGAAGCAUGCGCAGCAGCUAUCUCGACUCAUGGAGGUCCAGUGUGUGCUGGAGUCGUCUUUUGAAUGGCUGAGUUUGAUGAAGUAUCAUUUAAACUCUGAAAGUCUGAAAGGCGACGACGAUCCAACAUGUUACGUGGAUGUUUUAGGUCAUCGACUCCAAUAUGAUUAUGAGUAUUUUGGUCCAGAAGAUUGGGAGAUGGUGCAUACUCCAUCCACAGAUCGGGCGAUACUGGGGAUUCUCCUGGCUCUGACAAGCUACAGAUGUGGGUUCGUGAGUGGACCUUGCAUCUCUGGAAAGAAAACGACUGUGGUCCAGUUAGGAAAAGCGCUGGGGCGACAGGUUGUCAAUAUGCAGUGUUGUCCAAGCAUGAGACCUGGUGUUGUUCAGCGGAUGCUGUUGGGCGCCCUCCAGACUGGAGCGUGGCUUCUGCUGGACUCUGUGGAUUUGCUAACACAAGGGGUCCUGUCAUUACUGGGGCAGCAUCUAGUAGACAUCCACCAAUCCUUCUCUGAGUUAACGAAGAAUAAGAAUCAAAGAGUGAAUGAGGACAGGACUGCUGAUGGGAUCAAAGGUUGUAAAAACAUUGAUUCAGGAUGUUGUAUGGUACUUGCAGGGAGAAGCAUUUCUGCGAGCAAAAGUUAUGGUUGUGUUCUCGUCUCAUCGAAGGGGUGUACGUUUGAGGUUCCAGAGAGUCUGCGAUGUGCUACCAGACCCAUUGCGUUAACUCAUCCAGAUUACAGGAUCAUUGCAGAAGUAAAGCUGGCUUCCCUUGGUUUCUUAGAGGCCACGUCUUUAAGUGGACGUCUGGUGUCCCUCAUCAGCCUGGCAAAGGAUUCCCUCUGUCUGCCUGAUUUCAUCAAUGACGACCAGAGCUGCCAUCUCGUUGUCUUAGAAAAGAUCAUCUCCGCCUCUGAAAUGCACUUACAACUAAACCUAAGGCAACGAAGAAUUUCAGAUGAGGCUGAAGGAGCGGCUGCAGACCAAGCUGAUCCUGUGCCUUCACAAAAUGUGACUGCCAGAGUUGUUGAAAAGGAUAGAAAAGAAAUCGAAAAGGCUUCCAGGGUGCGCAGUUCUCAUUUGUUAAUUAUGCAGGGAUUAAUGGAGGAGACGGCCAUUGUCAAAGCGAUUCUUUCUGUCGUCUUACCUGUUCUUUAUGAGCACAAGAAAGCCUCACAGUUCAACAUCAUUUUCAAGGACACAUUCCCUAUAGCGUGCCAGUUCCCUCUUUUCCAGCAAUACAUUGAGAAAGAAGAAAAGAUUCAACUUAAAGAUGCGGUUACAGAAGAAUUACAAAGGAAAUUGUUUCACUCUGACACCGAAUUAACUAGCAGAGCUCUUACUCUCUAUCAGACCAUGAAAUUGUCUCAGGCAGUCAUACUUAUAGGCCCGUCGGGAAGUGGAAAGACAACCUGUUACUGUGCUCUAGCUGGAGCGCUCAAUCAUCUGUCUGCCAAGGAAGAUGUAUUUGAAAAUGAGAAUACGAUUGAAGGAGAUACUCCACAAAUCUCUGCUACAACCUGGACCUCUGUUGACACUGUUGUCUUAUUUCUUAACGCCAUGUCCCAUGAAGAGGUAUUUGGCUGCUUCUGUGAAAAGAGAGGAUGGCAAGACGGAGCUGUUGGAAAGGUGCUGAGAGAUUCAGAACAACGGGAACCAACAAGCUCUACAAUCUGCAACGACAACAAGAAAAGUGAUCAGAUUCAAAAAUGGCUGGUGAUGGAUGGGAGCCCUGUGGGGCAGCCCGGCUGGUUAGAUUACUUAACUACAAUGUGCAGUCCUGAUGACCCAUUCCUGUACCUACCAUCAGGUGAAACACUGCCAUCCCAAUCACACCUGAAGCUACUUAUGGAGGUCACUGACCUGCGCGAUGCAAGUCCCUCUGCAGUGACCCGCUGCAGCUUUGUGUACUUCACAGGCACUGAUCUGUGGAAGGCUGUGUGGAAGAGUGAAGUGGAUGCUCUCUCUGUUGAAGACAAACUGGAUCAAGGAACCUUGAAAAUGUGGAAUCGUCUGGCUGACGAUCUUUUCUCCAGCACUCUUAGUUUGCUCACUCAAAAGGCUUUAACCUCCGCAGUCCAUGAUGAAGGAGAAGCUCUUCAAAGCACCACGUAUGGACUGCAAGAGAUCACGUCAUUUGUUCGGAUCCUACGUGCCCUCCUACUGCGUUUUGGGAAGGAUGUGGAAAUAGCUGGGGCAAUACCCCAAACAGAUACAUAUCUAAAGAGAACAGGAACAGUGGGCACAGAUCCCCACACUAAACAAGACCUGCUGGCCAGGAACCUUUUUCUGGUGGCUUAUAUUUGGGGAUUUAGUGGACAUUUGCAUCCCCGCCACCAGCCACAGUUCGACUCACUAGCCCGUCAAGUGCUCUUUACUUGCCGAUACAAAAUUGUGGUUCCUGAUGAAGAGAGUGUGUUCGAACACUUUUUAAACCUUGACAGCAGGACAUGCCCCAAGAGCACACUGCUGGCAAAUCCCAUCUGUCCCAAGUAUGGGAGUUAUACCUUUCUCCUGAACCUUAUGUUGGAGGCAAACCAGCCAGUGUUGCUCGCCGGAGAACCCGGUUCUGGAAAAACCACUCUGUGCAGAAGUUUGCUGAGUUUUGACAAGCCAUACAUCAGCCUGCCAGCCAGUCCACUCCUGAGCUCCAGAGACCUGCGCACUGUACUGGAUACCAUCAGCUGCCAGAAGAGCUGUAAGGAUGCUCUGGGCUCCAAAAAGCUACUUCUUUUUCUGGAUGAUUUGCAUGAAGCCCCCUGUGAUGUCUUUGGGAAGACGUCAACGGCUCUAGAGACGCUACGACAGAGUAUUUCAAUGGGACAGAUUUUAACAUUUGAUGCCUACAACUUGAAGUUAUUGAGUGCUGCAACCAUCAGCUACAUGGCUACCUGCUGCGUCUUUGGAUUGGCUAAUCGCCACAAUAAUGUGAUGUCCUCCAGGCUCUCGCGCUUGUUCUCCAUCUUUGUGCUCCCCAGCCUGUCUAUGGGCGUCGUAUUGUCCAUGCAUUCACUUCAGCUAAAAACCUGGCUCAACGAAGUGCCCCUUCAGCAACAUGGCGAGGAUAUGGCGCGUUGUAUCAUCACUGCAACUAAAAAUCUCUAUCAUGCAGUACGCGACCAGUUCCAGCCGACUGUGCAGACGCCCCAUUUCAUGUUCUCCCAUCAUGACCUCCAGAAGGUGUUUAGAGGGAUGUGCCUGUGGCAGCCUAACAUCCCAAACACAGGGACAACGCAGAACUUGGUAGGGCCUGCAUCGGUCCUUAACGUAGCACAUCUCUGGAUGCAUGAGUGCAUGCGUACAUUCGGUGACAGGUUGUGCUCAGAGGAUGAAAGCAAAGCUCUUGUGUCACUCAUAGCUAAGACGGCAACAACACACUAUGGAGUUAGAUUGGUUGAUGAAACCCAGUCUGUCAGUGCAGACGACCCACCUGCUGUCGCAAGCAUCUGUAAACCAAUAGGUCAGAGUCUAGAUGCACUAAAUCUGCCUCAAGAGCCACAACCAGCUGGCCAGUCAGACCUGGAGAAAGGCCACACAUUGACUGAACCUUCCUUUCUGUCUGGGAACACAAGCCUAAAAGCUCACCCUCUGCAACCCCAGAUUCUCCAGCAUAUGGAGGACAUACUGGCUAAGCUUGUAUUUGGUCCUGAGCUCUCUGAGGCCUCAAUGAAUCAGCAACACAAUUUAAAAAAUAGCUGUUCUUAUCAGGACCGAGACCUUGAUGUACUGCUGCAGGAGCUGUGUGCACUCAUGGACAGAAAAGAGGAAGACAAAGGACAGGAAGUUGACGUUACAACCAGAUUAAUUGUCCACAGACAGAGGGUGAGUCAGCUGUUACACAUCCUCAGGGUGUUGCUCAUACCUGGAGGUCACGGAGUGCUGAUUGGCUCAGACAGAGGAACAGGCCGUAAAACCACGGUGCGUUUAGCCACCUGUGUAACGGGCUACCAGUUGAUGGAGGUGCAUCCUGGUAAUGAGAAUAAGUUGCAUGAAAUCCUGAAAGAAGCUGGGAAUCAAUCUAGAGUGGAUGGAGUUAAUAUCAUCGUACUGGUCCAUGAAGGAAUCAGCCCAUCUGUCAGAGAAGAACUGUUGGUGGCGAUGGCUCACCGAACCUACCCGGGGCUCUGCGCAGAUCAGGAGCUGAGACAUCUUCUUCUUUCCAGAGUGACUGCUGUGAGGAACUCAAGAAGAUACCUAAUGGACAGUUGGAUGUUUGAGAAGUGCUUGAGCCAAAGCCACAGAAAUGUGCAUGUGUUCCUGUUGCUUCCCGUCACCAUGACAGACAGCAGUGAGAUACCUGCCAACAACGGACCCCAUGGAUGGAAUGCACAACUGACCAAGGCCCUGAGCAUCAGUUGCUGUGUGGAGGUGUACCAGCCGUGGUCCAACCAGUCUUUAUUGGAAGUUGCUGCUCAAUGCCUCAAAACCAGUCCCCACAAAAUAGAGAGAGAAGGUUCAGGGGCCAGCCUGUCUGUGGCUAUGGCAGAAAUCCAUCAGUCUGCAUGUCAGUAUGCGUCUGUCCUGCUAACAGCUCAGCCUUUCAGCCCUCAGACUUAUAUGGAGUUCAUCGCCCACUUUGGUUACCUCUGCAACCACCUGCACGAAAAACAGCAGAGCCAAGCCAGCAGACUUGCUACUGUUCUGUCUCAUUUGGAUGUCCUGAACAGCACAGCUGUGCAGUGCAAACAUCACUUGAUGAGACUGAAGGAGAAGGCUGCUGAUACACAGAAGUGGGUGGAAGAGCUCCUCAGAGCGAUAGAUUAUCAGAGGAGCUGCUUUGAGGAAGCCCAGAAGAAAUGUGUAGCAUUGGAGAAGAAACUGUCUCACCUGGAGGGUCAGAUUAAUAACGCUCAGCUACAGAUUGAACCUCUGUUCGAUGCAGGCCUUAAGAUUUUUAAUUUUCUUAAUCCAUCUGACCUGGAGGAGGUACGCCACUACAGAGAUCCACCUGAUGGCGUGGUGAAAGUCAUGGACGCCAUUUGUUUGCUGUUUAACCGUCCACCAGGCUGGGAGAGUGCUAAACAGCUUCUGGGACAAUACAACUUUUUCCAGGAGUUAGAAUUUUUUGACCGCUACAGUCUGACAAAUGAACAACUGCAGCAGCUCGGCCAGAUAGUUCACAGCCCCCAGUUCGUGCCAGAGUCUGUGCUCGAGGUGAGCAAAGCCUGCGAGUCCCUGUGUCGAUGGGUCCAGGCUGUGUACAGGUGCUGCCGCAUGCGACACCAACUGUCGGUCAAGAAGCAACUGGAGGUGCUGGACAAAGAGGCUCAAGGUCAACUGCAGUUGGCCAAGCAGCAAAUGGAAGAGGAGUACCAUCGUCUAGAGGAUCUUAAGCUUCAGCUGCAGAUACAGAUACAAAAAGAACUGGAGGAGGAACUGCUGGAGCUGCAGACAGCUGAGAGCUCAGAAAGAGAAGCUGCUGCAGCUGUAGAGCAGCUGGAGACACUUGACAGAGACUGGAGGGCUGCUGCUCAGGAGGCUGAGUUAAAUAACCAAACCUUACCAGGAGAUGCCCUUAUCCUAGCGGCAACCAUCUCUUAUUUGGGCCCCUUUGGAUCUGAUAUACGCACAGAACUGCUGAGCAAGUGGAGGGAGCUAUGUCUGACGGGAAGCAUCAACAUAAACCCAGAGGACCCCAGAACCUCCAUGUUCACACACUCUGACGCUGCUCCUUCUCGCCCCCCUCUCGGUUUCCCCAUCCCUGUGUCUGAGAGGCUGCAGCUGACUCUGGGUCGGGCGUUAGGUCUACUCCGGGAUGCUCCACCUGCCAGAAUGGUUGUAAAGCUGCUGCUCUGGGGUUGCAGGAGGGCCUGGGUUCAGCGCUGGCCUCUACUGACAGACACCCAGCAACAUCUAGAUAUAAGCUCUCAAAGCUGCCUCAUCACAGGAGAGAAGGCCAAGCUUGAGGAGGAGACCGAGUGUGAGAUGGUGGUUUGUGCCGAUGAUCCAGAGCUGCUGGACAAGCUGGACCAGGCUGCAGAGAAAGGUUUGAGAGUCCUGGUCACUCACGUGGAACGUGCGAUUCCCAGUCCGAGGUUUCUGGCUAGAUUGGUACGCUCUGCUGGAUGCCUCCAUCCAGGGUUAAAGCAACGCGUUCAGCCGACCCACCCUGAAUUCUGCCUCUUCCUUAGCACCCAUCUGCCUGUCCAACUGCUUAACAGUGAGAUCCAUCCGUCCAUCUUGGCCGAGGUACGCGUGGUUGACCUUUCUCUGAGCUCAGGAGAGAUCCAGGAGCUGAUGCUGACACAGCUGCUGCAGUCUCAGUGUAAAAAGCUGCUGAUUCAACACUUACAGUUCCAGAAUGACAAGCAGUCGCUGCAGGAGAGACUGGUCUCAGAAGAGGAUGCUCUGAUGGACUACAUCCUGCAGUCUAACACCCCACUGCUGGAGGACUCUGCUUUUCUCCCCCGCGUGGCUGUUUGUCAAGAUGCAAUGAAGGAACUGCAGGCCGAGAUCCAGCAGCUGAGCGAGGAGCUGGAGUACCUCGAGUCCCUGCUGGCUGCAUCCCGACAUCUAAUGAGGCUGGCUGCUGCCCUCCACCAGGCUCUGCAGGAGGUGUCCCGUCUUUCCCCUGCCUACUUCUUCUCCCUACGUGGCUUCAUCGCGGUUAUGCAAGAGGCCUUCAUUGUGAAGGACAGGCCAUUAGUGUCAUGCACCGCAGGGAAAGUGCCAGAGGGCAUAAUACCAGAGGUCAUGAACCGGAUGGUAGCCCAGCUGCUGGGUCAAUACAGGCCGUGUCUCUUCAAGAGUCAUGUGGCUGUUCUGGAGCUGCUGCUGUCUGUGGCUCUGCUGCAACACAACCAGCCCUGCUCUGAAGCUGAGAGGGUGGCGUUCCUCAGGGGCCUUCAGGACAUACAACACCCUGUCACUAGAGUCUGCUCCCUUCCUCCUGCUGUCUCGCAUUCCACUAGUUCUCUGCCCAGCUGGAUACCCCCUCACAUCCACCAAGAGCUCUUCUGCUUGGAGAAGAUCCCGGUCUUCAGAGGGCUGAUUGCCUCUCUCUCCACUUGCCCCAUUCAGUGGCAGGAGUACCUGCACUUCCCUUCCUCCACGGUAGCAGGGGCUGUUCCCUGUCGCUCCCACUCCCAUCUAUCCCUGCUACAGCGGGCGCUCCUCUGGAAGACCAUGCUCCCGAACUGCUUGGAGGUACUAGCUGAGGCCAUGGCCGCCUACCACCUCUGCCUGCCUGGACAGACAGCAGGCACAGAGGCCCUUCACGCCAGGAACCGUGAGGCCGUCUCACGAUAUCUGGUCAAACAUGAGGGACCCAUUGUCCUUACAGUGCCCAGUCAAAGAGGAGAUAAGUGGACAAGCAUCCAGCCUCUUCACUUGAUAAACAGAUUGGCCUACUGUGUAGCAAAAACAAAGAAGGUUCAGGUGAAAGUCAUUCCCUUUGGGGCUCUGUGUGACAGAGAGCUAAUUCUCUCAAUGCUGGACAAAGCGGUUAACGAGGGCCAAUGGUUGGUUUUCAACAACUGUCACCUGUUGGAACAAUGGGAUGGUAAAGUAGUGGCUCACCUCAGUCAGUUGUGCUCCUCUCUCAGAGAGGAGCGACGCCUGAUUCACCCGUGCUUCCGAUUGUGGAUUAUAAGUCAAGAACAUUCAUCACACUUCAUACCAGUGGCAGUGCGGAUAUGUGCCCUGCCUCUGGUCUGUGAUUCUCCCUGGGGUCUGAAGGAGGAGCUGAGCUGGUCCUUGAGACAGCUGGUGUCCGUCGUACAGAGUCAAUCGCUGUCAGCAGACAACAUGGAACUCCUCCUGCGCUGUGCCGUCUUCCACUCUGUGUUACUACAGAGACAAACCUAUAAACACUCGGGCCAAGGGAGGAUCUACAGUUGGAGUCAGGAAGACCUCCUGGUUCUGGUGGAUGCACUCAUUUGCAUUGCUAGUCGCUGCCACGACACGGCUAAGGCUCUGCAGUAUAUAGCAGUCCAUUUAGUGCAUGGCGGCCAUUUACUAGACUCUGCAGAUUUGGAGGUGGUGGAUGGCGUUGCCAAGACCUGCCUCAGCAGAGCGUCACCUCUCUGGGCCGGUGGGCCACACAUCCUCUCAGAUAAUACCAGCAGCCCUGGCCACUGUGAUUUGUCAGAACUACUGCAGACGUUGGAGCAGGAUCUUCAUAAUUCAACGAACAUUGACCCCCGAGUGUUGGGCUUCAGUGCAGAUGUGGCAGCUGAGAUAAUCCAGAUCAACAGCCACAAUUUGAACACACUGCUGCAGGCCUCCCAGACUCCUCUAGGAACAGUGAGGAGUUUGUUGAACCAGCACGCCACACUUCCAGCCUACAGCCAUGCUAGAGACCGACUGCAGGCUCUGAAGAGAUCCCUCUGCACAGUUACAGAUGCAGGAGCUGUUUCUGACAGUCGCCUGCGUGACUUCCUCCAGGCUGAGUGGGAUGAUCUCAUUGAUUUGGUGUCCUCGCUGCUCUCACAGCUCCAACAGCCCGUUCAAUACAACGCGCUGACCUUUGCUUCCCUCCUCGAGCUCACUGACUUGUCUCGCUUGGAGAGGAGGGCAGAGUUGCUCAGUGCUUAUCUCCGGCACCACGACACUUCAGAUCCUCCCGGUGCAUACCGACUCUCUGCUUUCAGAAAUGCCAGAGGCUUUCUGGUGGCAGUGAUGAGAGAGGCUGCUCAAGUAAAUCGCAAAUAUAUCAGUGAUAUAGCCCUGCAUUUUCAGGUUCUGAGUGAUAGUACAUACCCAACCUCACUCCCCCUGGGCGCUGUGUAUUUAUGUGGCCUGCAGCUGAGAGGGGCAUCAUGGGAUACACAGCUAGGAGCCCUACAGGACACCACAGUCUCUCUGCAGCCAUGCUCACUUCCACUUGUUUGUGUCAAAGCUCAAGUCAGGAGCACAGAUACCUCCCCUUGUAAAAGUUCACUUUUAAACGGCGUCCAGGUCACGCAUGCUUCUCCAUCGACUGCCCAACAGUUACCGCUCUAUCACUGCCCGCUCUACCUCGAUGGAGAGCGGGAGAGUGGAAACGACCUGGCAGAUGUUAACAUCAUCACUACGUUUCCCCUUCACGCCAAGCUAGAUCCUGUGUUGUGUAGUCUGAGAAGGGUGAGGCUAGUGAGCAUGCUCUGACUUAAACCUGCUGUGAUGCUCCAGACGGACGCUCAGAUGCAGUUUUACUGAAUGAACAACACUGGAUUGCUAAAAGAGUUGUACUACAUGAGAAAUCCUGUAAAGUCUUGUUCUGCUGCUGUAUAAUGUCUCUUCAUACAUUACGCUUUGUGAUUUUUUUCCAUUAAAAUGUUUACACAGUGUCA